GUAAAUUCCAAUUAGAUGCUCUUCCUCCUGAGUUUCUGCAACCACCUCCACUCACACAGGAUCGGCAUUCCUUAUAUAAAUCCAUUGUCCCCUUUGUCUCCUUUAGCUGACAAUCCUUGUCCCUCUUCUCUCUGCAAAUCGUUGUCUCUCUACCAGCUCAACUCUUCCUCUGUGUUGCCACUGCCCUCCUGUGGUCUGUUUCGGUCGAUUCCUUGAUCGAGUCGAAGGAGCGUCGUUAAUUGUGUUCCCUUGCUGUUUCCUUAAUUUCUGAAGUUCUCGCGAGAUCAUUUUGGUUGUGUACCCUGAUCGCAAGUUCGUGGUAAUCAGUUGAAUCUUAUUGUGGUUUUCGAGUCGAGCGCUUCAUGAUAGAUGUUCAAGUGUUGGUUUCAUCUUGGUUUGUUAGUGGUUACUGUUUGCUUUUGAAGCAAUUGUUUCGCCAGUUCGAGUCGAAGCCUUCGUGUCGUUGCGGAUCCAGAUUUUGCGCAGUAGUUGGUGGGAGAGUGGGAGGUCAUUCCGAAUGUUUGGUCACUGUGCAAUUUGUGUCUUACCGAGUAAUUGUGCAUCGUGCGUUGCAUUGGUGCUAAAUGUUGUUUGAUUGACGUCUUCUCUUUGCCUGACCCUCGUCAGUUCGAAUUUUUACCUCUUAUUUCCUCAAGUCAGGACGUUGUUAGCAAUCAGUCGUGAGACGAUCAUAAGUAGUACAUCUCUUCUUCUCCUUUGAGGACUGUGCAGAAUUCAUUCCUUUCGAGCUUCUGCAUUUGAAGAUUUCACAGCUUUCCCGAGGAAUUUUCAAAGACCACUGAACCGAAAUAUAUAAGGCUGCAUUUUUACAGCCAGAAUUUGCUUCACUUAAGAAUCCUCACAGAGCCCGCCACAGCAGUUUACUUCACAUAGCGCUAUCAUCUCCCAACCCGUUGUCAAAUAUCUUCAUAAUCUGGGAGGGCGUUUAGAAUUUACCAGUUCUUGAGCAUACGGGUCAAGCGGAGGGUUCGAGGUAGAAAAGUAGCGAAAAUAGGGAAACCAUAUCUCGCCCCUUGUGCGCCCCCGGGCACGUACCCGCCGGCGCCAAGUUCUCCUGGAGAUGAGAUGAUGUGGCGUUGUCAUGGGGCUACGAACGCCGAGCUGAUCUCCAACUUGCAGAACCACAAUAUUCUCACUUCACCAGAGGCGGCCUUUGCCAUGUGCAAAGUGGACAGGAGGCUAUUUGUCCCUGAUGCCAGAUUGGCUUACAAUGAUGCUCCCCAAGUCAUAGGGUAUGCAGCAACAAUUUCUGCCCCCCACAUGCACUCGUUCUGUCUAUCUCUGUUGGCUGAUUAUCUGAAGCCUGGAAACGUUGUCCUCGACGUUGGUUCUGGAUCGGGUUACCUCACCGCUGUAUUCGGCCUUAUGGUAGGAGAGACUGGUCACACCGUAGGAGUUGAACGCAUUUCGGAACUGGUUGAACGGUCAAUUGACGCAAUAAAAUCGACUCCAGCCGGAUCAUUGCUGGAAAAAGGCCAUCUUGUUGUUCAUGUUGCCGAUGGAAAGCUUGGUUGGGAGGCAUGUGGACCUUACGAUGCCAUCCACGUGGGAGCAGCAGCAGCAGAACUCCCAGAAGCUCUUGUGAGGCAGCUGAAGCCAGGUGGUCGCAUGGUCAUCCCUGUUGGAACCAAUUCCCAGGAACUUGUUAUUGUUGACAAGUCACUCGAUGGGACUGUGAAGAAGACCAACGAACUGGGCGUUCGCUAUGUGCCACUCGUCUAGACUCAAUCACAGUGCUUUGCACUCAUGGCGUUUCGAACAUCUGGAGUAUUCCAUCACCUGUAGAGCCAUAUGGAACUUCGCUUUUCGGCCCCGUACGGCACUAGUAAUCCCUGUGGAGCUCUAUUCUCGUUGCUCUUCCUCUGUAGAUAAUUUAUCACGCUCUGCCGAAUAAGGAUGUCUAGUUUUUGAUCCCACUUGUUGCCUAAGUGGAAUUGUUGUUCAUUCAAAUUUUUGACCGGUCUUUGCUGUGCGCUUACUUCGGUGUGGAAGACAGUCUUCGAAUUUUUGCACAUUUAUCUUUUGCCAUACUAUUUGCUACACGUAAAGUGGUAUCACCUGGUGUCACUAAGCCUAAGUCUAUGAAUGAGGAUUUCAUUGUUCUAUCUGAUGAAUAAAGACUGUUUCUUCUCAA